UGUGUGUCUGGCAAAACUAGUGUUGGUAUAAGAUAUAGCAGGCUGUCAGGAAACCCCUUAAUAACCCUGGCCUAUUGCUCUAUUUAAUAGUAUUUUAUAACCAACUCUACUACUACUAACCAAAUUAGUCUGUAGCGCUACAAUCUACAUUUUCCUUCAUUGUGAUCUUCUCUCCACCUCAACCCAAUUAGAGGAGGUCCAAGGUCCCUUCCCCCUCAGAUGUUCUCCGCCAAUGUGUUUUGAGAAGGAAUAGGUAGAAUGCAAGGAAAGAUUGAGGUUCACUCUUGGAAUCUCUUCUGAAGUCUGCCUUCCAGAUCUGACAGAGCAGGCUCACCCACCGGAAGGGCCAAGGACAAGAGGAUCCGCUGUGGCAGCCGCCUGGCAGGUGUACUUAACGUCAUGGGUACUCCUCCGUCUGUCACUAACUCGUCAUCUCUCUACUACCUUAGUCUCUUUGCCUCACUGUCCCUGGCCUGCUUUCCCUCGCUCCAUCUGUUUCUCCCAUCUGCUACCAUAAAAGUUAGAGCAAAGCUUAGUAAAGCAAGCAUCUGUAGAUAUAUGCUGGUAAACUAAGGCAGACAAAGUUCAUUCAGACCCCUUGACCUUUUUACAUUACAUCCUUAUUCUAAAAUGUAACACACCCACCCCUUUCCUUAUCAAUCUACACACACUACCCCAUAAUGGCAAAUGUAGAAUUUUUUUAAUUUAUUUUAAAGCCUGAUUUGGUGGAUUGCUGCAGAGAUGGUUGUCCUCCUGAAAGGUUCUCCCAUCUCCACAGAGGAACUUUGAUAGAGUGACCAUCGGGUUCUUGGUCACGGGGCGGCAGGGUAGCCUAGUGGUUAGAGCGUUGGACUAGUAACCGAAAGGUUGCAAGUUCGAAUCCCCAAGCUGACAAGGUACAAAUCUGUCGUUAUGCCCCUGAACAGGCAGUUAACCCACAUUUGUUCUUAACUGACUUGCCUAGUAAAAUAAAGGUAAAAAUUCAACCUCUCUGACCAAGGCCCUUCUCCCCUGAUUGCUCAGUUUGGCUGGGAAGCCAGCUGAGUUCUAGGAAGAGUCUUGGUGGUUCCAAAUCUCUUCCCUUUAAGAAUGAUGGAGGCCUCUGUUCUUGGGGACCUUCAAUUAUGCAGAAAUUUGUUGAUACUCUUCCCCAGAUCUGUGCCUUGACACAAUCCUGUCUCGGAGCUCAACCUCAUGGCUUGGUUUUUGCUUUGACAUUCACUGUCAACUGGGACCUUAUCUAUAGACAGGUGUGUGCCUUUCCAAAUCAUGUCCAAUCAAUUGAAUUUACCACAGGUGGACUCCAAGUUAUAGAAACAGCUCAAGGAUGAUCAAUGGAAACAGGAUGCGCCUGAGUCUCAUAGCAACGGGACUGAGUACUCAUUUACAUAAGGCAUUUGUUUAAAAAUAUAUAUAUUUAUCUUUGCUAAAAAAUUCUCAACAUCUUUUCCUUGGUCCUUAUUUAGUAUUGUGUGUAGAUUGAGGGAGAAAAUGUAAUACAUUUUAGAAUAAGUCUGUAAUGUAACAAAAUGUGGGGAAGGGGUCUGAAUACUUUCUGAAUGCACUGUAUAUGUAGCAACCAAAGCAGACAUUAGGGUGAGAGUUAAGUUCACUGGAUGAACAAAACUAUUAACCUUUUAAACGUCUAGCUAUAGAAAUAAAUAAAAAAUAACCCAAGCAACUAAGUUUUAUAAUUGAGAUUGUGUAUAUUCUUUUUUGUAUUACCAACAGUAUAUUUCCAUCAGUCAAUGUAUAGACAUGAUCGGGUACAAUGUGGUGGAAGGCUGAUGGAUCAUGGUUAGACGUUUCCACAUAGGAUCUUGACCUGUUAUUGCAUCAAUGAAUCGGGUUAUUUCAAUUGGCAGCUAUUCUAAAGAAAAUGGUCCCCCCCCCCCCCCACUCUGAUAUUGAAAAUAAACUGAACUAACCAAAUUUAAGAAAUGGGAACCGGUCAUUCCAAGUCAUCAUUGAAAUCAACAUGACAUGCUUGUUUCUUUCCUACACUGGUUUGUUUGCGACCCUGUAGGUUCUAAUCAAAUAAGUAGCGCUUACGUCUUCAGCUAAUCUGCCUGAGAAGCUAGGAGGGUCAUCUGUUAAAUCCCCAUAAGAGGGACUAGUGCGCAUUUGUCUGGUAAAGUGGCUAGUCUCAACCUCAAACAAUGCUGUCACUGUGAGGAAUUAUUUGGAGUACUUGACUUUAUUGGAUACUGCAAAUAGACAAUAUUUACAGGUAUGUGCAAUUAGAAAAGGAUGCACGUCACACUUGAAAUUGCCUUGCAUAGAUUUUUGUUUUGAUAAUGUAUUUGUAAUUAUUUAUCCGUAUGUGUUGGCUGUAUUCUAAAUAAUGUAGUUGACAUUGGUUCUAUUGCCGUUGAUAAUGCCCCCCUUUUUUUAAGACUGUUCAGGUCAACUUGCAAUCCGAGACACUGCAUGCAUUUAGUUGUGUCGUUUCCCUCCUUUUGAACUCCCAACUCAAUCAUUAUCCUGUCUUUGCUGUUUACAGGUCUGAACAACAGCCCAUCAGUCAAGUUCCUCCAGUCAGUCAGCUGAGAGAUACUGAAACGCUACUGUAGUGCUCAAAGCAGCACACACACACACACAACUAGAUGGAUCUUAUGGUGGAUCUUAAGUCCCUGGGUGAUCCCAUCAAGCAGUUCAGUGACUAUGUGUCAGGGACGGGGACCAAACCGGACAACAAAAUAGGCACCAAAAAGGGCACAGGGGCCAGACGGAAGAGCGUAGUCGUGAGCACAGGGGCCAGACGGAAGAGCGUAGUUGUAGUCCGGAGGCACAGCAUAGUCAGGAGGAAGAGUGUCCCUUGCGCCAAAACUUGCACCAAGCAGAGAGCCGUACCAGACUCCUGGCUCAGUGCAUACCAGGCUGACAUUCAGAGAGAACGGAAACUGAGAGAGAAGAAGAUUGCAGAAAGGUCCAUCAGAAGGAGGAGUCAGCAUUUCAGGAGCCAGCACUGCCUCCCAAAGAGUAAGACAAAUGCCAAGAGGAACCAGAAAUCUGUGAAGGAUGAUUCGCUGUUUGGUGCCUUCCAGGGGCUCAGUCUGAACGUGACGGGAGGUGCCCAGAGCUCGAUGGCCUCAGGCGGGGACCAGUGUAAAAUAAUGCUCUCUGUUGACAUGUGUAUGGGAUAACAAUUGAGACUGGGGACGAGGUUACCUACACUUUCCCUUGAGACAUUCUGAGAAGACUGAACUAUGGGGAAAAACAACAGGUCUUGUGUGUUGAUGAGAAAUCACAAUGAAGCCAAAGUUUUAAAGGUAGACUCAACAAUAUGAUGUAGAUGCAGAAAGUAAACAGAAUAGUGGGUCAAUUUACGCAACUAAGUGCAAGGCUGUUUAGUCCCGUACCUACCACGUUGGGCUCCUGCAUGUCAGUGCUAGAGGCAUCACUACAGACCCUGGUUCGAUUCCGGGCUGUAUCACAACCGGCCGUGAUUGGGAGUCCCAAAGGGUGGCGCACAAUUGGCCCAGCAUUGUCCGGAUUAGGAUUUGGCUGGGGUUGGCUGUCAUUGUAAAUAAGCAAUUUGUUCUUAAACUGACUUGCCUAGUUAAAUAAAACCACCUUUUUUAAUAUGGUAUUUGACAGUAUCAAAAUUGUCUAUGAAAAAAAAAGAUCAUGCAUUUUUAUCAAUUUAGGGUUAGGCAUAAGGUUAGCAGUUAGGUUAAAAAUCACUUUUUAAGAAGAGAAAUUGUACAGAUAGGUGGAGUUUGACUUUGUUGCUGUGGUAACUAGUUACGACCCUCUAACAGCUUGAAGCAAACCUGUGCGCAUGUGCAAAUACUGUGUGAGUGUCAUCUUGCAUCCCCCUAUAUCCCAAUAUCUGCGGUGCUGCUCGUGGCAACGUCCAUUUUGCUGAGUCUACCUUUUCAGUUGGUUUAUUAAAGAUGAAGGGGUAAGUGCACUAGCAUAUCAGACAACGCAAGCUCUGGGGGGGGGUGCCAUGCGCCUGUCAUGAAUGUCUUUAUUUAAUUUAAUCAUUUUUACAGUAACCCUCAAGUCAAUCAUAAACCUUUUCAAUGUACAUAUGUAUUAAGAAGCUCAGUGUUUUUUGGGCUUCUGAAAUGUGACUGAAAAAAGUGCCUCAGGCCUUGUAGCAACUGUAAUGACUGCCAAUAAUGUACUAGCUGCUAAUGUAUUAACUUUUGCAUUCAUAAUGUAAUAAAUGCCGAUAAUGUAAUAAAUAUGCUGAAAGCAUAACAAGGUU